AUGAGGAGAGACACGGACAACCACUCCUUCUUCUUGGGUUCCCUGGGCAAGCUCCAUACUCUGGGAGUGCAAAUGGACCUAUCCGCGCUCUACCCGCCUGUCCCGUGGCCAGUGCCUCGCGGCACACCGAAUAUUGGCCACCUGGUCAGUUGGGACCACACGCAGCAGUGGGCCGUCGCAUCGUGGAGAGACGUUCCUACCCUUGUAGAGGGGAAGGAUGAUAUUGUCAAUAUUGACAUCGGCGGAAAGGAGGACGACGCCUACCUGGCUGGGCAUCGGCUCUCUGGCGAGGCGACAUUCCCAGUCGGUGGUUACCUGGUGCUCGCGUGGAAGUCUCUGAGCAGACGUCGCGGCAAAGUUAUCGAGGAGGUGCCCGUAAUCUUCGAGAAUGUCAAACUGCACAAGAACGUCGUCCUACCUGACACGGGUACCGUGCGCCUUGUCGUGACCAUCAUGUACUCCUCCGGUGAGUUCGAGGUGUGCGAGGAAGGCACGGUGGCAGCAAGCGGAUGCAUUCGCGUUGCCGAAGAUGGAUCCUCGGCGAUCGGCACGGAGUUGCCGGAGACAUCUGGCGAGAGCAUAGCCUACGAGCUAGACUCCGAGGACAUAUACAAGGACCUCACCGUGCGUGGUUACGACUACCAGGGAGCUUUCCGAGGCAUCAUGAAGGCUGACAUACAAGAGCCGCACGGAAAACUCCAAUGGAAGGAGAACUGGGUGACCUUCGUCGACAGCAUGAUCCAGUUCAUCAUGUUCAAAAGCCCUCUUCGAGCGCUCCGCAUGCCUACCAGCAUUGAAUCGUGUCGCUUCGACCCUUACAUUCACGCUGAAGUUGUCAAGAAGGCUGGGGACACAGGUGUGGAAGUUGUCUGCAAUACGAUGACAGAUACGUGUCGCGCUGGAGGUGUCGUCAUACGAGGUCUAAAGACCUACACCAUCGACAGCGGGGCCGAACAACAGACACCGCUCGUCGAAGAGUAUCGCUUCGUGCCAUACUUGGAUGACAAAGAAAGCAAGGACAACAGAGAGUCCCUCAUACGUGAAUACAUUGAAGUCUGCUGUAGCGUUGCGAGGCAGGUCCUCAACAGCUUCUGCGAGAGCAACUCCUUUCAUUGUGACGUCAUGAGUGCCGUCCGUAACGUUCCGGAGCAUGUUGUCAGCCAGUACCUUAACGAGUCUGAUAAGAGCCAUGCCCUUUUGCGCUUUCUUAACACUAUCCAUGAGCAAGAAAAUCGCUCUGACACUUCCGUCGCGGCGUAUAUCCAGUCGGCUCUGCCUACACACAAGGAAGACUUGGAAACCGAUAUACUCAACAGCGCCCUUUUUGAGGAAGAUCCUCUCAGAUUUCUCCUUGACACCGUGGUCGAAAACACCACCCCCAAAAAGCUCCGAGUACUGGAGCUGGCAGCUCAAGGGAGCGACUCCCUGCUGGUCUCCUGGCUGGCGACGUACCUUUCGAAGUUCAACUUGCUGCCCACUAUCGAAUACACCAUAGCACAUUCAUCUCCGGAGAGACUGUCAGGAAAGAUUCCUCAAGGUACCACAGUAGUGUCAUUGGGCUCGGCAGCAUCCAGGAAGAAGCUUCCUGAAGUAGACUUGAUUGUGGCCCGAAGCGCCACGUGGUCCUCUAGUGGAACCAAGACCCUCGCCGAAGAAGUCUCUUCCAUUUGCAGAGAAAAUGGUUUCGCUCUGCUCGCUCAGCGCACAGCCCUGACACCCACUGAAUCGCUGCUUGGUAAAAUUGGGGGCAUCGAGUUACAAGCAGCUCCUGCCGACGAGGUGGAAGCGCAGUUCUUGAAGCAGGGUCUACGCCUCGAAACGUUCCGUGCCGUCGAAGAGGCGAAGCAGGAAAUAUUCCAGGUUAACGGCAAACAUAGCGACUCAGUCGAUUUGAUAAAGAAGAAGGUUCUUGACUACGAAUGGAAGCCGCAAGGAGAGAACAUGUGGCUACUCGCGGAGGAGGCUGGAGCAGGCGGCGUUGUUGGUUUGACGAACUGCCUCCGAUACGAGUCCGGUGGGAGCCACAUCAGAUGUGUGUUCGAUGCUGGUUCCACCAACACGAACACGGUAGCUGACUUCAACCCGAGUAACCCAAAAUACCAGAACGUGGUAGAAAAUGACCUCGUCAUGAACGUUUACCGCAAUGGGAAGUGGGGUUCCUACCGACAUGUCGUCGCAAAAUCAUUGGAGACCAUGAAGAAGAACACACAGUUUGCUGUCCUGAACUCACGGAAACGUGGUGACCUCUCAAGUCUGGAUUGGUACGAAUCCCCGGUGCCGUAUGGUUCUCUGUCCACCAUCAAGACUGGUACUGAACCAAUAUUGUGUGAUGUCCACUUCGCGGCGGUGAACAGUCGAGACGUCAUGUUCGCCAGUGUAGAACUGCCGCCAGAGGCCUUUGUAGGCGACUUGGCGCGUUCGGAAUCCAUUCUCGGACAAGAGUUUUCUGGAACGGACCCAACAGGACGUCGGGUCAUGGGCCUCGUGUCAAGCCAGGCGUUCGCUACCGUGGUUGCUGCAGACCCCGACCUUCUGUGGGAAGUUCCUGAUGCGUGGACCCUGACAGAAGCGUCAACCGUUCCUUUAUCUUACUCAACCGCUUACUAUGCCCUGUUGGUGCGGGGCAGUAUGCGGGCAGGCGAGUCUGUGCUCGUCCAAUACGGCAGUGGAUGCAUUGGGCAGGCUGCAAUCGCCAUCGCUCUAUCCAUGGGAUGCACCGUCUUCGCAACUGUCGGUUCCUCAAAAGAGAGGCAGUUCCUGAUGACCCGCUUCCCAGAGCUUCAAGAGAGCCACAUCGUAAACUACAACGGCCUUUGUUUCGAAGAACACAUCCUUAAACAGACCAAAGAUAAAGGUGUGGACCUCGUGUUCGACACUCUUCACGGUGCCAGUAGUAAAGCUGUUGCUCACUGCCUGACAUGGAACGGCCGAUACCUUGUUACUGAUGCCAUAGGCACAUCUUCGCAUCGACCGCGUGAAGAACUGUCCCCGAAGCGCUAUGUUAUCAGCAGUCAGCGCCGUUCCGACAGAUUCCCCUCCCUUGAACGACUGCCAGCGCUGCGGAGGAUAAGCGGCGAGUCGCUGAACUACUGCGUGCUGGAAUCGCAUCCGGUGCAGUGAGGCCGCUCCCUGCCACAGUCUUUCCGCGAGCUCAGGUAGUGGAUGCAUUCACGCUACAAGCCUCCGAAACGAACGCCGGCAAAGU